UUUUGAUGUUUUGAAAUAUAUUAUUAAAGUUUUUGUGCCUUUUUUUUACAUUUUCUCUUUUGAUAUAAAUUAAAAUUAUAAGUCUUUAUGUAAUUCUUUAAAAAAUUUGAAGACUCAAUAAUUCCUGACUGUUAGCUAGAGAUCUUAACGUACAAUUGAAAUUCUUUGUCCAAAUUAUGUGGAUAAACUAUUGAUGCCUUUUAAAACAUUUACGCUUUUAAAUUAAGAAAUAAUGUUUUCAAUGUGACUUUAGAAAGCAAAAGGUUUUCUAUUGUACAAGAAAGUUGUACCGAUACUCACUAAAGAUAAUUAGUUCUCUUAUAAUCAAGAGAGGAGUUUGACAUUUUUUUAUUGAAAACACAUGUCAUGACUAGCAACAAAAUUUUCUCUAUACAAUUCAACAUGUCUAAUUAAGUCAAACACCAAACAUUUAUUCUCAUGGACUUUUAAAAUUAUGAUUAUCUCAUAUACUGUGGGCUUCAUUCAGCUUUCAGAGAGAAAUGGACAUUGCUAUCUCUUUUGUAACCGAGAUUUUGAUCAAUUCAGUGCAUGUAGCAAUACAUGAAGCUUCUUAUUCUUUCCGCUUCAACAAGUUUGUUAAAGAGCUUGAAACAAAAAACCAAAAUUUGCAAUCCAAAAUAGGACGUGCUCUUGAUCAUGCUAAACAUGCGAAGGAGAAAACAGAGAAGGUUGUUAGUGAUGUUGAGAAAUGGUUAUACGAAGCUGACUCUCUAAUGGCAAAAGUGUCGGAGCUGCAAGAAAAAAUAGUGAACAAAAAAUAAGACAUCUUGUUUUAAGCACUGCCCUAACUUGAUUAGGCAUUAUUGUAUAGCAAAGCAGCUUGAAGAAAAGAUCAAUGAAAUUAUAGAGCAUUACAAAAUUGAAUUCCCCGAGUUUUCUCGACUUGCCACACUUGUGGGCAUGAACUACUUUUCAUCUGAAGGUUUCAUAUGCUUUGAGAGUAGGCAGGUGGCUUAUGAUGAACUUAUAAAAGCAUUGAAGGAUAACUAGGUUAGUAUGAUUGGAUUGUAUGGCAUAGGUGGAUAUGGGAAAACUACCUUGGUGAAAGAAGAAGGUAAAGAAGCAGAAUAGUUUUUCAAAAAAGUUAUCUUUGUUGUUGUGUCUAAUACCAUUGAAGUAAAAAAAAUUCAAGAAAAUAUAGCAAGCCAACUUGAUAAUUUUGAAUUGAAAGAGCAAGAAGAACCAAAGAGGGCCAAACGAUUAUCCAUGAGAUUGGGAACUGGGGAAAGGUUCUUGAUUAUUCUAGAUAAUGUAUGGGAGAAGCUUGAUUUUGAGGCCAUUGGGAUUCCACUUGUAGAAAAUAAAAAAGGUCAAUGCAUUGUGCUUAUAACUACACGAAAACUUCAAGUAUGCAGAUUAAUGGAUUGUAAAAAAACAAUUCAGUUAAAGGAUUUAAAUGAGGCUGACGUAUGGGAGCUCUUUCAGAAGUAUUCAAGGACAUUUGAUGAUGAUACUACUAGUCCCUUGAAGAGAUCAUUGGCACAAGAAAUUACAAAAGAAUGUGGUGGUUUACCUGUUGUUAUUGCUGCUGUAGCUAGCACUUUGAAAGGAAAAUCUCCAAAUGAGUGGGAGGAAGCAUUGAGAACACUAAAAGAUUCAAGCCUAGUGGAUAUUGAAAAAGGAUUAAGAAAUCCUUACUCAUGUCUUCGGUUAAGUUAUGAAAAUAUAGAAGAUGAAAUAGCCAAGUCAAUCUUCUUGUUGUGCUCUGUAUUCCCUGAAAAUUAUGAAAUUCCAAUUGAGAAAUUAAUCGUGUUUGGAGUAGGGCUUGGUCUUGUAUUGGAAGAAGUUGACUCUUAUCAAAGGGUAAGAAAUCUGACCAUUAGGGUCAAAACUAGGCUUAUAGAUUCUUGUUUGUUGGUAAAAGUUGAUGAUGGAAAUAGUCAUGUCAAAAUGCAUGAUUUGGUUCGUGAUGUAGCCCUAUGGAUUUCAAAGAAGGAGGUUAGAUUGAUUAUUAGGAAAAACAAAAGGCAAAAAGCAUUGAAGGAUGAUAUUGUAAGAUAUUUAUGGCUUAAUGAUACGGAGUCAUUUUCUCAAAAGUUGGAUUGCCCUAAACUCGAGCUUCUUUGUAUACGCAUAAAAGAAAACUAUGAUAUUGAUCUAACAAAUGUUUUUGUCAAACAUAUGGAGAAGCUUCAAGUUUUGGUUCUUGAAUGUAAAAUACUCUCAUGGAGUAAAAAAACAAAAAUCCUACAAUUCUCAAAGUCAAUCUAUUUGAUAAAUAAUCUUGGUUGCCUAUUCUUGGACAAUUGGUUGUUAGAAGACAUCUCUUUCAUUGAAAGCCUCAAUAGACUCGAGUCUCUUACAUUAUGGAAUUGUGCUUUCAAUGAAUUGCCCAAAUGCAUUGUAGAACAGGAGAAUAUGAGAUUAUUCGAUACUUGGAGAUGUAAAAUUCAAAAGAAUCCUUAUGAAGUGAUAGGAACGUGCUCCCAAUUGGAAGUAUUGUAUUUUUGUGAAAAUAAAGGAGUUUGGCUAGACCAAGGUAAGAAUAUUGGUGAUUUCAUUAAUAAAUUUUCACCAAUAUUAGAUAUUUAUUGCAUAGAUUUUGGAAGCAAUACUUUUAAUCAACAAGAGUUUCCUAUUACAAGAAGUUUACAUGUUAAUGAUUUUGAAACUUGCAUAUCAAAUGAAACAAUUAAGGAUAUGAUGCAAAGAGUAGAGGUUCUUUCCAUAGGGAGAAUCACAAGUUGUAAAUAUAUAUUCCCUGAUGUGUUUCAAACAAUAGGAGGGGAAUAGGAGGGGAUAUGGAUGCUUUGGCUAAACUUUCAGUCCUUUUCUCAGAGGAGAUAGAGUACAUGAUACACCCUGCAAAUCAUUUGCGUGAAGUUGGAGUUAUCUCCAAAUUGACUCAUCUAACUAUAAAAAUGAUGAAGCAUUUGAAGUCCUUGUGCCAUGUUCAGCUUCCUUUAAGCCUUUUUGCAAAAUUAGAGGUACUAGAGAUAGAAAGUUGUGAUUCACUUAAGCAUACAAUAGCAGAAGAAGGGGAGGAGAUAGUUGCAUAUGAUAGUAGACAUUAAAGGAGCUAUAGAUCUGCAUUCCCAAAUUUGAAAAGACUAACCAUAAAUGGGUGCCCUCAACUAGAAUAGUUAAUGCCCGUCUCUUGUGCUCAAAGCCUUACAAAAUUGGAACAUUUAAAAAUAAGUAAUGCUCCUAAACUGAAGAGUGUGUUUGGCCCAUCCAUUUAUGAAGAUCCAAAUCCAAAUGAAUUCCAAAUCAUCCAUUUUUCGUCUUUGAGAAACCUAACUCUACGAGCCUUGUCAAGUAUCAUUAGCAUUUGUCCAAAAAAUUAUCAAUCAACAUGCCCAUCUUUGACAUAUAUAUGGUUGAAUAAUUGCCAUCAAUUAAAUUCUAUGUCCAUGAAUCAUUGGAUUGUUGGAUACGGAUUAAGUCAAAUGCAUGAUCAAAUAGCAUCAGAGUUAAGAUGUCUUCUAAUAUAAUAUUGUUCAUUUUAUUUUAUUGUAUUAUUUUUUUAAUUAUACAUGAUUAUUUCAAAUAUUCAAAAAUGGUUCAACAUCUGUUGGUUUAUGAAUAUAAUUUAAUGUUUGCUGCAGUUUAAUGAAGAAAAAUUCAUGUCCUCUAUGUUUAAUCUAUUAGAACAUCAAUAGUGCGUGUAAUAAAGGAGAACAUAUUAAUUUCUAAUUAAAGUUUCCAUUUGGACUCUUAAAUGAAAUGAAUUUAAUUUAUGGAUGUUGAUGUUAAUUAGAUUUCAAAGUACCCACAAUCAGAAAUGAAGAAGAGGGUGAUUGGUAAAGUACACGUGGCAGAGAGGACAACAUGGCAUACUUAUGAACUGUUGAAGUUAGCUGUGUCCUCACUACAAACAUUACAAUUACUUUAUGUGCUUGAUACUGAAGUAAAAGUUAUUUUCGAUGCGGAUGAGAUUCCUAACAAUGUACAACAAGUGAACUCAAGCUUACAAUAGCUUGAAUUGGGGGAUCUACCAGAGUUGAGGGAUAUAUGGAGGGGUCCCAAAAAUUUCUUACUCCUUCAACAUCUUGAUUAUUUAUGUAUUUGGAAUUGUGACAAUUUGAGAAUUAUAUUCCCUGCAUC